AUAUGGUAUUUUGAGCUACAACUUCACAUAUGUACUCUGGGGGCACCAAACAUUUAUUUAACAUCUUCAAAAAGUCUUCUGAAAUGUCCCCUUUAAGGGUUACAAUAUUAUGUUUGUGCUUAAACAGUCCACCAUCAGGAGGCGCUGCGACCGGCCGGCCCACCCAUUUCCCACCCGUACUAUCUCUGUCCUUACCCAGGUCAUCUGUUGUUAUUUAUGCAUCUAUAAAAGCUACACUGCUGAGAAAGAGAGAUAGAGAAACCAGAAGACAUCUGUCUUUGCCGAACAGCUGUACCAAUAAUGUCCAAAGCACGUACAAGGACAUCAUAUCAGAGUUGGAAAAAUGUUAGAUGUUUACAUAAAUCUCUAAUCCUACAUUUUACAAAUAACAGUCUUUAUAUAUAAGUACUAUUAUCCUGUUUUCUGCUAAUAGACCAAGGGGCUAGCAAUGCCAGGGUCAUAGGUUUAAAUAUAAAAAAACACAACUUUAAUCUACAGUAAGUCUAUCUCGGAAAUUAUUAACUCAUUUUCAUAUGCAUAUGGCAUUCACAUCAAUUCACUGGUAUAUCCAACACAACCGACUAACCCUAAAAACCUUUACAGGCUUGCAAACACAACAAAGCUCCAAAAAUCUCAUCAUAUUUGGACUUAUACAGCCGACCAAUCAUACGAUAUCUAACAGCGGGGAAUCUGAAGUAUAAAACGGCCUGGGACUCUGAACAUCUGUCCAGUGCUGUUUGGUUGCUGAAUGCGUAAAAGUGCCAUCCGUUCCCAAAUGCCCCAACGUCUCCAAAGACACAAAACCAUGUUGUUUAUUCUUUAUCUGUGCAUGUGGAGUGUGCCGGGGUCACACGGUCAGAGUCUGACCACCACCACGACAUCUCAAACCUUUGUGACAUCUGGAGAAGACAACGGGCAGUGCACGACCUGUCAGUUCAGACAGCAGAGUAAACUCAUGCGUUUGCACUCCAUAAAGUCGCAGAUUUUAAGCAUCCUGCGUCUGGAACAAGCUCCCAACAUCAGCAGGGAUACCGUCAAGCUUCUUCUGCCCAAAGCACCUCCGCUUCAGGAGCUCCUGGACCAGUAUGUGCAAAAUGGUGGAGUAAGUGAAGAUGAAGAACAGGACAGCAGCGAGACCAUCAUUACCAUGGCCACAGAACCUCAAGCUAUUACCCAAGGGGAGGGGAUGCCGAAAUGUUGCAUGUUCUCGCUGAGCCCCAAGAUUUUACCCGACAGCAUUCUGAAGGCCCAGCUUUGGAUCUAUCUGAGACCAGCUGAGGAACCAACGACAGUCUUUAUCCAGAUUUCUCGCCUAAAGGUACCUUCGGAGGGGAACAGUCGCUCGAGAAUACCUUCCCAAAAAAUUGACGUAAACGCUCAGACGAACUCCUGGCAACAUAUUGACAUGAAGCAGCUGUUACAGUCGUGGCUGAAACAACCCGAAAUGAACUUUGGGAUAGAAAUCAAGGCCUUCGACGCGAACGGAAAUGACCUGGCUGUAACUUCUGUGGAAUCGGGCGAAGAAGGACUGCAACCCUUCCUGGAGGUCAAAAUAUCGGACACCGCCAAGCGCUCCAGACGCGACACUGGCCUCGACUGUGACGAGCAUUCCACCGAAUCCCGCUGCUGCCGGUAUCCGCUCACCGUCGACUUCGAGGAUUUCGGGUGGGAUUGGAUAAUUGCACCCAAGCGCUACAAAGCCAAUUACUGCUCCGGCGAAUGUGUGCAGAAGUAUCCCCACAGUCACAUCGUAAACAAAGCCAACCCUCGGGGCAGCGUUGGACCGUGCUGCACGCCCACCAAGAUGUCCCCAAUAAACAUGCUGUAUUUCAACGACCGUGAACAAAUCAUCUACGGAAAAAUCCCCUCGAUGGUCGUGGACCUUUGCGGGUGCUCUUGAACCCUGAACGAGGGGUUCCGGAGUCGCUAUAGCUAACAACAGGCCCUAAUGUCUCUGGAACAGAAGGAAGUGAAAAUAACCUUUGCAUAAAAAUCCUUUACUUACAUAGUUCCUGCUAAACCAAUCUGACCACACCAAGGUCCCAACAAACCAACUUAGCCAGUGUUUUUAGUUCGUUCUCAUCAACUGUUGCACACAAAGACAACGUUUGGUUUAUUAAGGUUGAAAUGCUUCCUCUGUCAAUGUGUUUGAGCAGAGAGAUGACCCGAUGGGCUUUACCAGGGUGAUACCAUGAUAUAACAAUGUACAAAUUACUUGAAAUGGGACUGUGCAGUUGAUUAUUUAUAUAAAGUUGCUUAUCCCCCAGUGACCGAAAACAAGAACGCUGACCCAGAAAUGGACUCAACAUGAUGUCUAAACAACACUGUCCCAGAUGAAUCGAAAAAAUCUGCAGUUUCAUCUUAUCGGCAUAUGGAUGGGAGACAAAAAACUUUUUAACUAUUACCCAUUUAAUCAAUUUAGGUUGAAAUUGAUAUCUUUUGGAGUUUUUGGAACCACAAACAAAACUUUAGUUUCAUGUUUAAAUAUUUUUAGACAAUGCUGGGACAACUACAUCAACUACCCAAGUGCGCGCAUUUUAUUUCGUAAAACACACUGUUUAUAUUGCUAUUGCUUAUCGUAGAUAUCAAAUGUAAUGUACUAGUAAUGGACGUAGUGAUUUCUGAACGAAUUAGUAGAUGAUUUUAAUUUUAGUCUAUAGUUUAAAAACAUAUUAUUUGACUGUAGUUUUGAUUUUCCAUGUUGUCGUACCAAGUAAAACAACUGUUACUGAUGUUUCCGAGUUGUUUGUGAUUGUCCUUAAAGGACCUCUUCAAAGUUGUCCCCUGUGACCCCUAACAGAAUGACACCAUUGGCCUCGUUUCAAGCAUGUGGCCCACAUUACGGCGCGCAAAAGCAACAAGCCCAUGUUGUAGGGAAGUUAAACUUCCUUCGCCUGUGUUAUUUUGUUCUCUGAGGCCCACCCAGUGGGUUAGGGGCCCCUUGAGGCAAAAACAGUAGAAGUCCAUUCCCAGCUUGAGGACAAUGAGUACGCACAGAAUUGUACUGAUUUUGGCUUUAUUAAAAAUGUAUCGCUUGCA